GCCUGCCGGCUCCGUCCUCGGGCCUGGCCCCCCGCGGCCUCGGGUGCUCCGGAGGGCGACGAGGAGCGCGGGGGCCGCGGCGCACCGGACAGGGCGCGCGGGGCGCACGGCGCGGCGCCGGCCCAUGAGGCUUCCCGGCGCCGGGGGAGGCAGCGCCGGGCGGCCAUGGGGGGCAGCCUGCGGGUGGCCGUUCUGGGCGCCCCGGGUGUGGGCAAGACAGCCAUCAUCCGCCAGUUCCUGUUCGGUGACUACCCCGAGCGCCACCGGCCCACGGACGAGCCGCGCCUCUACCGGCCUGCAGUGCUGCUCGACGGUGCCGUCUACGACCUGAGCAUCCGCGACGGCGACGUCGCUGGCCCCAGCCCGAGCCCGGGGGGUGUCGAGGAGUGGCCGGAUCCUAAGGACUGGAGCUUGCAGGACACGGACGCCUUCGUGCUCGUCUACGACAUCUGCAGCCCGGACAGUUUCGAUUACGUGAAGGCCCUGCGGCAGCGCAUCGCGGAGACCAGGCCGGCGGGUGCGCCCGAAGCGCCCAUCCUCGUGGUAGGCAACAAGCGGGACCGGCAGCGGCUGCGCUUCGGACCGCGGCGCGCGCUGGCAGCCCUGGUGCGCAGGGGCUGGCGCUGCGGCUACCUCGAGUGCUCGGCCAAGUACAACUGGCACGUGCUGCGCCUCUUCCGCGAGCUGCUGCGCUGCGCUCUGGUGCGCGCGCGCCCUGCACACCCGGCCCUACGCCUGCAGGGGGCGCUGCACCCCGCGCGCUGCAGCCUCAUGUGACCAAAUAGGACGCCGCCGCCCAAGGGUCCCCCAUUUGACUGGAACAGCCAGGGACCUGGAUUGGACCAGAUUGCCCAACUUCACUCGGAAUGGACAGGGCACAGUCUCCUCCCUGAUUGGAUGAGGAAACCUCCCACCUAAUCUCCUGGGCGACAGGCUUCUCUUUGAACUUCAUUGGACCCGGCCAGGUCCAUUGGACACGACCAGUCCUUUCUGGGACCUCAUUGGGUCAUGGGCCCACUGGAUGGGAAGGACUUGGCCGUUGAUGUGACUGGAAGUGCUCAGACUGCUCCCGGAGCUUCACUGGACAUACUCUUUAUGCCACACCGCUCUCUCCGUAAUAAAAGGGGAAACAAUUUGA